UUUAAAUUCUUAUUACGAGCUAUGCAUUAAUGGCUUUAUGCCACAAAGGCCUCGACGAAUUAUGUGAGAGGGAGGAGGAGGGUCUUGUUCUUUUUCCUUCUUCUUCUUGGCACCAAUUCCACCCUUCUCUCUCUCCUUCACUUACCAAAAUUUCCCAAUUCCCUUUGAUUCCUUCUGCAAUUUGAUUCCCAUUUGACCCUCUAAGAUUAGGGUUAGGGUUCUCGUCGUAGCUGCCACAAUGUCUGCUUCAACAGCUCUCUCAGCCUCCAAGUUGGAGACUUUACUGCCUUCAAUGCCAUCACCAUCAUCAUUCUCAUCGAUUUCUAGCACCAAUUUAUCGGUAAUUUGCAAGAACAGAAGUACCUCUCUUCAGAGAGGAGUGAUUCGCUGCGACGCGGUCUCACCUGAUGCAUUUGUGAAGAUCAAUAAUGGUGCGAGCGAUGCUAGCAGUAGCAGUGGCACCCUCUCUGCUCUAGAGCAGCUCAAGACUUCUUCUGUUGAUAGGUAUACAAAGGAAAGGAGCAGCAUUGUGGUUAUAGGGCUCAGUGUGCACACUGCACCUGUGGAAAUGCGUGAAAAACUUGCCAUUCCAGAAGCAGAAUGGCCUAGAGCCAUCACAGAGCUAUGUAGUCUAAAUCAUAUUGAAGAAGCAGCUAUUUUAAGCACCUGCAAUCGAAUGGAGAUAUAUGUUGUUGCUUUGUCCCAACACCGAGGUGUCAAAGAAGUCAUGGAAUGGAUGUCUAAAAAAAGCUCGAUUCCUGUUUCAGAGCUUCGCCAACAUAGGUUUUUGCUUUACAACAAUGAUGCGACACAACAUCUUUUUGAAGUUUCAGCUGGUCUUGACUCUCUUGUAUUGGGAGAAGGUCAAAUCCUUGCUCAGGUUAAGCAAGUUGUCAAAGUUGGACAAGGAGUUAAUGGCUUUGGGAGAAAUAUUAGUGGGCUAUUCAAACAUGCAAUUGCUGUUGGAAAGAGGGUUAGAACUGAGACCAAUAUUGCUGCUGGAGCCGUUUCUGUAAGCUCGGCUGCUGUUGAACUAGCAUUUUUGAAGCUACCUCAGGCCUCACAUGCUAAUGCGAGGAUGUUGGUUAUUGGUGCUGGUAAGAUGGGAAAGCUUGUAAUAAAACAUUUGGUUUCGAAAGGUUGCACAAAGAUGGUUGUUGUCAAUAGAACUGAGGAGAGGGUGGCUGCAAUACGUGAAGAAUUGGAUGGUGUUGAGAUAAUAUACAAAUCCCUAUCCGAUAUGCUCACCUCUGCUGGCGAAGCAGAUGUUGUUUUCACCAGCACAUCAUCAGAAAACCCAUUAUUUUUAAAAGAUCAUGUUGUGGACCUUCCUCCAGCAAGUAAAGAUGUUGGAGGCCGACGCCUUUUCAUAGAUAUUUCUGUUCCUAGAAAUGUGGGUCCAUGUGUCUCAGAUCUUGAGUCUGUACGAGUUUAUAACGUCGAUGACCUCAAAGAGGUUGUGGCUGCCAAUAAGGAGGAUAGAAUAAAAAAAGCAAUGGAAGCUCAGACAAUCAUUGCAGAAGAAUCAAAACAAUUCGAGGCCUGGUUGGACUCACUAGAAACUGUCCCCACCAUUAAGAAAUUGAGGGCUUACGCCGAAAGAAUCAGGCUUGCCGAGCUUGAGAAAUGCUUAGGUAAGUUGGGUGAUGACAUCCCAAAGAAGACACGGAGAGCUGUCGACGAUCUUAGCCGAGGCAUAGUGAAUAAGUUGCUUCAUGGUCCAAUGCAGCACUUGAGGUGUGAUGGGAAUGACAACCGAACUCUAAGUGAAACCCUGGAGAACAUGCAUGCCUUGAACAGAAUGUUUGAUCUGGACACUGAAAUUUCUGUUUUGGAGCAAAAAAUUCGAAUAAAGAUGGAACAAAACCAGAAGUGAGAUUGAUAUUUAACAUAAAUUUCAUUGAUGACACUCAUUUAUUUCCUCAACAAGAAUAAGAGGAGAAACAUCCUCACCAUGAUAGCAUUGAGGAUUGUGUAAUAUUCAGUUGUUGCAUAGUUGAAAAGAGUGUAAUAUUCACCAUGAUAGCAUUGAUAUUCAUUGAGGAUUGGGCUUUCUAGUAA